CGCCCCGCUGUGCCCGCAGGCGGGCGCCUGGCGGCCCUGCUGCUGGCAGCGCUGGCGUGGGUGCCCGGUGGGUCGCCCGCCUGCCCCGCGCUCUGCACCUGCUACGUCUCGCCGCCCACCGUCAGCUGCCAGGCCAACAACUUCUCCUCGGUGCCUGCGGGGCUCCCGCCUGGCGCCCGCCGCCUCUUCCUGCAGAACAACGUCAUCAGGGCGCUGCGGGCGGGCACCUUCGGGCCCAGCACCGUCACCCUCUGGCUCUACUCCAACAACAUCUCCUCCAUCCAGCCGGGCACUUUCCGCCACCUGCCCGCCCUCGAGGAGCUCGACCUGGGUGACAAUCCACACCUCCGUGUCUUGGCGCCCGACACCUUCCAUGGCCUCCGGCGCCUCCAGGCCCUGCACCUCUACCGGUGCCAGCUGGCCAGCCUGCCCAGCGCCAUCUUCCGUGGCCUCCACAGCCUCCAGUACCUCUACCUGCAGGAGAACGGGCUGCUCUACCUCCAGGACGAUCUCUUUGCCGAUUUGGCCAACCUGAGCCACCUCUUCCUGCACGGCAACCGGCUGCGAGCUCUGUCCGAGGGCGUUUUCCGCGGGCUCACCAGCCUGGACCGCCUGCUGCUGCACGCCAACCGCCUGGCCACCGUGCACCACCGCGCCUUCCACGGCCUGGCCCGCCUCACCAUCCUCUACCUGUUCAACAACAGCCUGGUGGCUCUGCCUGGGGACCCGCUGGCUGCGCUGCCCGCCCUGCAGUUCCUCCGCCUCAACGCCAACCCCUGGGCCUGCGACUGCCGUGCGCGCCCGCUCUGGGCCUGGUUUCGCCGCACUCGUGUCUCCAGCUCGCCCGUGCCCUGCGCC